GCCCGCCGCGCCCUGCCUGUCGCGGGCAUGUGUGGCCGCAGGCGCCGGGGCUGAGCUGUGCGCGGGGUCCCGGGACCGUGCGGCCGCGCGAGGGUGCGUGUCGGCGCCGGCCUGAACCGUUAGCUCGAUCCCGGGCCGCGGUGCAUGUUCGCCUCCUGCCGCUGUGUGCCGAGGGGCAGGCGGACCAUGAAAAUGAUCCACUUUCGGAGCUCCAGCAUCAAAUCGCUCCACCAGGAGAUGAAAUGCACCAUCCGGCUGCUGGACGAUUCCGAGAUCUCUUGCCACAUCCAGAGGGAGACAAAAGGGCAGUUUCUCAUUGAUCACAUCUGCAACUACUACAGCUUGCUGGAGAAGGACUACUUUGGCAUUCGUUUUGUGGAUCCAGAGAAGCAGCGGCACUGGCUUGAGCCUAACAAGUCCAUCUGCAAGCAAAUGAAAUCUCAUCCACCAUACACCAUGUGCUUUAGAGUGAAAUUCUACCCACAUGAACCCUUGAAGAUUAAAGAAGAGCUCACAAGGUACCUUAUGUAUCUACAAAUUAAAAGAGAUAUUUUCCAUGGACGACUGCUUUGCUCCUUUUCAGAUGCUGCCUACCUGGGUGCCUGUAUUGUUCAAGCUGAACUUGGUGAUUACGACCCUGAUGAACAUCCUGAGAAUUACGUCAGUGAGUUUGAGAUUUUCCCCAAGCAGUCACAGAAGCUGGAAAGAAAAAUAGCGGAAAUCCAUAGACAUGAACUCAGAGGCCAGAGUCCUCCGGUUGCUGAAUUUAAUUUACUCUUGAAAGCUCACACUUUGGAAACGUAUGGGGUGGAUCCCCACCCAUGCAAGGACUCAACAGGUACAACCACAUUUUUAGGAUUUACAGCUUCAGGUUUUGUAGUUUUUCAGGGAAAUAGAAGAAUCCAUUUGAUAAAAUGGUUGGAUGUCUGUAAAUUGAAGUUUGAAGGGAAAACAUUUUAUGUCAUUGGCACCCAGAAGGAGAAAAAAGCCAUGUUGGCAUUUCAUACUUCAACACCAGCUGCCUGCAAACAUCUUUGGAAGUGUGGUGUCGAAAACCAGGCCUUUUAUAAGUAUGCAAAAUCCAGUCAGAUCAAGACUGUGUCCAGCAGCAAGAUAUUUUUUAAAGGAAGUAGAUUUCGAUAUAGUGGUAAAGUUGCCAAAGAAGUGGUAGAGGCAAGCUCCAAAAUUAAGAGGGAGCCUCCUGAGGUACACAGAACCAGUAUUACUCAAAGCCGCAGUUCUCAUUCCUUGAAUAAACAGCUCAUCAUUAACAUGGAGCCCCUGCAGCCACUGCUGCCUUCCCCCAAGGAGCAGGAAGAGGAACUUCCAUUGAGAGAGGGUAUUCCAUUGUCCAAAGAAAACAACAUUUCUGCCCCCUUGAUCUCCAGCUCACCUGUGAAAGAGGCCCAGGAGUAUGAAGAUCUCCCAAGUGAAGAAGAAGAUAAAAUAAAAGAAGAUCCCCUUACCAUCUCUGAACUGGUGUACAACCCAAGUGCCAGCCUACUUCCCACCCCAGUUGAUGAUGAUGAGAUUGACAUGCUCUUUGAUUGUCCAUCCAGGCUGGAGUUAGAAAGAGAAGACACAGAUUCAUUUGAGGAGCUGGAAGCAGAUGAAAAUGCUUUUCUGGUGGCUGAAGAAGAAGAGCUGAAAGAGGCUCACAGAGCUUUGUCGUGGAGCUAUGAUAUUCUCAGCAGCCAUUUUCGGGUGAAUCCACUGGUCAAGAGUUUUUCGAGACUCCUUAUAGUGGGCCUGGGUCUGCUGCUCUUUGUAUUCCCCCUGCUCCUCCUCCUUUUGGAGUCAGGUAUUGAUCUCUCCUUCUUAUGUGAAAUUCGCCAGACUCCAGAGUUUGAGCAAUUUCACUAUGAAUACUACUGUCCUCUCAAGGAAUGGGUGGCUAGCAAAGUAAAACUCAUUCUCUACAUGUUAGGUUGCUCAUAAAUUUAGUAUCUCAUAUUGCUAAGGGCUAUAUUCAAUACUAGUUAUUUUUUCUAACAGAUGUCUGAUUCUGAAUGGUCAU